AUGUACAACAUGUACAACCAGCUCACCUUCAUUCUUCAUUUCCUUCUCAUGACUCUUGGACUCAUUGGAGGUGUCCCUUUCGCUGACCCCGCGCUCUCACCUGUGUCUGGCUGCUGUCCAUGCUCUUUUAUGUUCUUGCUCUUGCCUCUCUUGCCUGCCUCGCCUGUAGAGAUGGACGUUGGGGCGGCCCAGGAUGGAGUGAAGAGCCUCCACCCUUCGGUUGCGUUCCAUCGUGCAGUGCGGACAGACAAGUUUCGUGUCACGACCGUUUCCGUGGUUUUCUUGUGGGGACUUGAAGCACUCGAGGCGCUCCGCCGCGGCCAGCGCUGUGAUGCAUCCGUUUUCGAUGGCGAGGUGCUGUGCAUCAGCCUUGCCUCCUGCAAAUCGCGGCGACGGCACACAGAGAAGGAGCUUCAAUGCUGGGGAUUUCCAAUGCCGCGAUUUGUGGAAGCAUUUUGCCCGAAUGACGAGGAAGUGCUGCGAUGGUUCAACUCGCCGAGAGUUGCAAAGUUUCCUCCGUGCUUCCGGUGUGGCUUGGUCACUGAAUGUGGCUGUGCAAACAACGACAUGUUGCUGGAGCAAGUGGCGAACUGGCUGUCCUUUCGAAAGGCCUGGACCGAGAUUGUCAACUCUGCACAUGAGUGGCACCUGCUGGUGGAGGAUGACGUCAAAUUCACGCACAAAGCGGCGGAAUGUUGGAACGAGCUGGUCACGCCAGAGCUGCUGGAAGAGCAUGCAGGCGAGCCCUGUUUGGUUCGCUGCGGAUGGCAGCUGGGAGUUGAGUAUGUCGACGAGGACCCACCAGAACUGCUCGGUGAUGCCGUUCGGAUGUCUAACCACUGCUCCUUGAUCAACAGGGCUAUGGCGCGCGAGCUGCUCAUGGGCAGCGAGGAGCACAUCUCAGCCACCUCUGAUGUCUACACGCACGAGGUCGUGGCCGUGAACUUCAGCCACUUCACCAUGUUUCCUCCAAUUUCCUAUGAUUUAUCCUUCGCGCUGAAGGUGCCCUCGCUGAUUCGGCCCAAAGGCAUUCAUCAAGAUGAUGUGCACCAUGCAAUGGCCGUGGAAAGGGCGAGGCGAGUGGAGCCGGAACGGAUCCGGGUGUGGCUGCAGACGCUGGUUUGGGUCUGCGAGUCGCCCUCCACAGCUUCCGGUGAUGCAGUGGCUGGAUGGGGACAGGUGUCGGAUGAUGGCGAGGAGUUCCCGGUGAGAGUCGUGCACGAUUUUGAGGAUCCUCCGGACUGGCUCUACGCGGCCUACAGGCUGUUUGUGGGCGAUGGGGCCUUCAAGCCGCGCGACUUCCGCCAUGUGGACAUGGACUGGGUGAGAAGAAGUGACCUUGCCUUUCCUUUCUGA